AGGGAGCUUUUAUCACAUGAGCAGAAACUGAAUCACUGUUCAUGAGGAUCUGGAAUAUGCAACUCUUUGAGUCUUCAUCAAAAGAAGACAACAGAUGUCUGCAGCAAACAGUGCAGAGUAAGGGAGAAAGUAGGAAAGACAUCUGCAUGAAGACUGAGCUGCUGAAAGAUAUCACCAACAAUAAAGAAGAAGCUGGUCUCAAGACAGCAGUCUCUGGAAUCAGGUGGGUUAAAAAAUCGUAGAUGAUGAUCAGAAGAGAAUGAUACUUUGGAGUCUGACACCUCUUGACUGACUUGGACUAACAGCAUACAGUGUGACAUAGGGAAGCUGAGAAUCCCAGCUGUGCAAUGGUAUAAAGCAUUCAUUUCCAGUCUCAGUGCUUCACAAGGGUUUAAUGCCAUGGCUGCAGAUGAAAGUGCCACAGAAAAGCAAGUAGGGGAACCAAAAAUGGCAGUAGAUGGUGAAACGAAUGGCUCCUGUGAGCGCAGCGAAGCUGGUAGCCACCCAAAUCCAGCUAAAAACACUCAGGACAAUACAAAAGUGAGCCAGCAGGACUCCAGUACUAAGUUAAAUAGGAUAGCAGAGAAUGGCAUUUCUGAGAGAGACGGUGAGACUGGGAAACAAAACCACAUGAAACCUAAUGACUUCACACAGACUUCUGUAACUGGGAGUAAUGGAUAUAUUUUAACUAAGCAGAUGGCACAGGAGCAGCCACUAAGGACUACCAGCACCUUUGCUUCUCUCACGGGCCAUGCUGCGAAAACCCUCCCAGGAGGGGCAAGCAAAGGGAGAACUGUGGGCACCUUUUCUCAGAUGCAAGCCACAAUGCCAGCCAAGCUCGGGGAGGGAAGUAAAGAUGUGGAUGCUAAGAAAGCCACCCCUGCUAAUGCGGAAAUCAAGGUCCACAGAGCACGGAAGACCAUGCCUAAACCCACCCCUAGCCUGCAUGCAAAUAGAGACCCCAAAGAAGGGAGAGAUGCCAGAGAUCAAAAAGAAUCAAAGGAAGAAGGCAACAAAAGUGUCUUGGAGUUUGGGAAGCCAGCGCCGUUGCCCCCUCUCCCAGGCCUUCAUCAGUUGCUACCUCAGAACCAGAGCUAUAUGGCCACCACAAAAUCACAGACGGCUGCUGCAGUAUCUCGGAAGAAGAAACGAAGGAUGGGAACCUAUAGCCUGGUUCCCAAGAAAAAGACCAAAGUGUUAAAACAGAGAACGGUGAUUGAGAUGUUUAAGAGCAUAACUCAUUCCUCUGCAGGUGCUAAGAGUGAAAAGGACCUAAGUGAUGGCAGCCCUCAUGUGAAUGGGGAGAGCAUUGAGGUAGACUCUGAAGAGGAAGACUCUGAUGAACUGGAAGAAGAUGAUGAACAUGGAGUUGAACAGCCAGCUGCAUUUCCCACAGAGGAUAACAGGAUUUCUAAAGAGGGUGCAUCAGAUGCCGACAAUUCCAGAAAGAUGGAAGAUGGUGAGUCUGAGGAGGAUCAAGAGUCUGGAGAAUCUGGGGAGGAGGAGGAAGAUGGAGAUGAGUCUGACUUGAGCUCCGAGUCCAGUCUCAAGAAGAAGCUGCUAAAGAGGAAAGGAAAGACGGACAGUCCAUGGCUGAAACCCACCCGGAAAAGGAGGAGGAGGAAUAAAAAGAAACAAGCCAGUGCGUUAGGUGCUGAAGCAUAUAAACCACCUUUGGGAGGCAGAGAGGGAGCUGGGCAGGAGAAUAGUAUGGAAUACAUGGAAGUGUCUCUUGAUUCUUUGGAUCUCCGAGUAAAGGGAAUUCUAUCUUCACAAUCGGAAGGUCUUUCUAAUGGCCCUGAAGCAAUGGAAGUAGAUGGUCUUCAGGAAGUGCCUCUCUGUAGCUGUCGAAUGGAAACACCUAAAAGCCGAGAGAUUACCACACUAGCCAACAAUCAAUGCAUGGCAACUGAGAGUGUGGACAAUGAGCUGGGCCGAUGCACAAACAGCGUGGUGAAAUAUGAGCUGAUGCGUCCGUCCAACAAAGUCCAGCUCUUGGUGCUGUGUGAGGACCACAGAGGGAGAAUGGUGAAACACCAGUGCUGCCCUGGCUGUGGAUAUUUCUGCACUGCAGGCACUUUCAUGGAAUGUCAGCCUGAAAGCAGCAUCUCCCAUCGUUUCCAUAAGAACUGUGCCUCCCAUGUCAACGACAUGAGCUAUUGCCCACACUGUGGGGAAGAUGCCUCAAAGGCAAAGGAGGUGACGAUAGCUAAAGCAGACACAACUUCCACAGUGUCUCUGACCUAUGAGCAGCAAAAACCAGCAGCUCUGGAGGGAAGGGCAGACACUACAACAGGAAGUGGCACUGGAAUGCGGUUGUCAGAGGAAGACAAGCCAGAGAGUUCAGCUGCUGAGGGGUUUGACAUGGCUGGGUCUUCUGUUUUUGUGAAGCCUGCCACUGGCCUGACCCAGGGACCAGUUAAAGAAACCUUGGAAAGCGCCUUGAUUGCCCUGGAUUCAGAAAAACCCAAGAAGUUACGAUUCCACCCAAAGCAGCUGUACUUCUCUGCCAGGCAAGGGGAACUCCAGAAGGUCCUGCUUAUGUUAGUGGAUGGAAUUGACCCCAACUUUAAGAUGGAGCAUCAGAAUAAAAGAACCCCUCUCCAUGCAGCUGCGGAGUCUGGACACGUAGACAUCUGCCACAUGCUGAUUCAGGCUGGUGCUAACAUAGACACCUGUUCAGAAGAUCAGAGAACCCCACUGAUGGAAGCAGCAGAAAAUAACCAUCUGGAGACUGUGAAAUACCUUAUCAAGGCUGGAGCACUGGUAGAUCCUAAGGAUGCAGAAGGGUCCACGUGUCUGCACUUGGCUGCCAAGAAAGGGCAUUAUGAUGUCGUUCAGUACCUUCUUUCUAACGGGCAAAUGGAUGUCAACUGCCAGGAUGAUGGAGGCUGGACGCCGAUGAUUUGGGCCACCGAGUACAAGCACAUUGAGCUGGUGAAGCUGUUAUUAGCCAAGGGGUCGGACAUUAACAUUCGAGACAACGAGGAGAAUAUUUGUUUGCACUGGGCAGCUUUCUCCGGCUGUGUUGACAUAGCAGAAAUACUGCUGGCUGCUAAGUGUGAUUUACAUGCAGUAAACAUUCAUGGAGACUCACCACUGCACAUUGCAGCCAGGGAGAACCGUUAUGAGUGCGUUGUCCUUUUUCUGUCCCGUGGCUCAGAUGUCACCCUGAAGAACAAGGAGGGUGAAACUCCACUCCAGUGUUCAAGUCUCAACUCUCAGGUGUGGGUGGCUCUACAGAUGAACAAGACCCUCAAAGAUUCAUCUACUGACAAACCUGCCCAGAUAGAGAAAAUAGUGAGCAGAGACAUUGCCCGGGGUUAUGAGCGGAUUCCUAUUCCAUGUGUCAAUUCAGUGGACAAUGAGCCUUGUCCCAGCAACUACAAAUACGUUUCCCAGAACUGCGUGACCUCCCCAAUGAACAUUGAUAGAAACAUCACCCAUUUGCAGUACUGUGUGUGCAUAGAUGACUGCUCCUCCAGUAACUGCAUGUGUGGUCAACUCAGUAUGCGCUGCUGGUAUGAUAAGGAUGGCCGACUCCUACCCGAAUUCAACAUGGCUGAGCCACCUCUGAUCUUUGAGUGUAAUCAUGCUUGCUCGUGUUGGCGAACCUGCCGGAAUCGGGUGGUGCAGAAUGGGCUCAGGACUCGAUUACAGCUUUAUCGGACACAAAAGAUGGGCUGGGGUGUGCGGACAACGCAAGACAUUCCAUUGGGAACUUUCGUGUGCGAGUAUGUUGGAGAGCUGAUUUCCGAUUCAGAGGCAGACGUACGUGAAGAGGACUCCUACCUCUUUGACCUUGACAAUAAGGAUGGAGAAGUGUACUGCAUAGAUGCUCGUUUCUAUGGCAACAUCAGCCGCUUCAUAAACCAUCUCUGUGAGCCAAACCUCAUUCCUGUGCGAGUGUUCAUGUCGCAUCAGGAUCUUCGCUUUCCCAGGAUUGCCUUCUUCAGCACCAGGCAUAUAGAAGCUGGAGAAGAAAUUGGCUUUGACUACGGAGACCGGUUCUGGGACAUCAAAGGCAAAUACUUCAGCUGCCAGUGCGGUUCACCCAAGUGCAAACACUCGAGUGCAGCGCUGGCCCAGCGACAAGCUAGCACAUCUUCCCAGGACGCACAGGAAAACGGGCUCCCUGACACCAGCUCUACCACAGCAGUCGGCCCCUUUUGAGGCUCCGCUCCCCAGAGACUGACUUGCUUUAACCCUAUAGAUUCACAUACUGUUUGAAUUCCCAUUUAAAGAGAGAACUCCUUCAAGGAAAGCUAAGGGUUUGUGACACUUAGGGCUGUACCGCCGACUGUUACUUGAGGAAUAAGUGAAAGCAAAUCCUGACUCAAUGUUGUUGUUUCCCCCUCCUCAGCCCUGGAAAGCUGCUGGUUUCACAGUGCGUGCAGAGGGGUGGCUGAUGCAUUUUUCCAUGCAAGCUGUCCUAAGCCUCCGUCUUUUAAUGUCCUAAGUGUUGUCAGAGCCAAGGGAGUGUGUCCCUUCCUCCUCUGAAUAUUAUUAAUUGAAUAGAACGUUCAUGCCAAGUCAUCUUCAAGUCACUUGUAACAAACUUUGAAUACUUGACGAAACUUUCUUAUCAAAAGAGGGGGAGUGGAAAAAAAGAUUCUUGUGUGUUGGUUUACUUGGCACAGCCCUGGGGCAGGUCCUGCCAGUCAUUUAAACCAUGAAUUUCUCCUGCCCCCUGUCAGACAUUGCAGCAUGGUCUUUCCAGGUCCCAUUGCUGGGAGUUGGAGGGUGGUCACUUCUAACAGAUGCCUGUUGGUUACCAAAUCCACCCAUUUAUUAUUCUCUCUUAUUUCCCCUAAAAAGGGGGGGGAAGCCCCUUUCCUUGAUACCCUUCCAGUUCCUGUCUCUCUUCUAAGUCUGCCAGAGAUUCUCUCCCCACUGCGUCCUGCUCCCCACCCAGCUUUCUCCGUUAAACCAGCCCUCACCCCUGCCUGUGGUUGGGCUUCUUACUGUUUCAGUGUUCGUUUCACCAAUGGAAGGAUUUCUCUCUCUAUCCCAUUAGUGAUUUCAGAGAGGGAAGGUUGAAGGGGAUUGUACAAGACACUAACUUCUUUUAAAAGAAGCAGUUUGCUUUUUUAAAAUAAAAAAAUAAAUGAUCUAUAUUCUAGAGAACCUCUGACUGGCAUUUCUCAGGAGGAUGCUACAGGCUGGGGCAGACAUCAGACAGGACGUGUCACAGCGAGAAGAUACAGACGCCACCAGCUCAUCUGUACCCAUCACUUUUCUCAAUGCUGGGCACCUUCGAUUAAUUUUUAAAGCCACACGCUACGAGGUUUAAAUAAACUGAUUUAUUUUUUACCAUUAUUAAAACAUUGGGGACUAGCAUUAAAAAACAGACAAACAAACAGAAACAUCAAAACAAAAACGGUGCUGAUUCUGGUGUGAUUUUUACUCACCACGUGAAUAUAAACUAUCAAUUGUAUAAAAAGAACAAAGUGAUUUUAGUAUAAAAAUGCAGGAAAAAACACAAAACCUUUUUUAAAUUGUUAGUAUUGUAGUGUGAAUAAAUUUGUCAUCACCUUUUGUGUGAUGGCUGGGCAGGUCAUUAUCUUAAUUUUUUGGCAUAUAUCUUUAAAUACUGUAAUUAGUGCAGUAACAGUUUUUUUUGUGCAUCUCUUCUAAAACAUUCAUAAUGCCGUCAUGUUUAUUAUUUUUUUUUCUGUUAAUGUUUUUGACAAUUUUAAAGGAGCAGUCUUUUGGCUCUGGUCAUUUUCUUGUUCUGUUUUCAAUGAAAUCAAUAAAAAAAGUGCUUUAAAAGUG